CGUGGUUCGCGCAGGUGCACGCGUGGGGAUCCUGGAGGGAGUUCGCGACUCUUCCCAAACCUUCCCCGCAGCGCUCAGCGGAGCCCCCGCACCCCUGAGCCCACGGCGGGGGGGGGGGUCCCUACCAGAGGGGUGGGACUAAAUUUGGCGUGGGGGAGGUCCCUAAAGUUGUCCGUGGAUGUGGCAGGUGCUCCCCACUCUCCUCAUCCCACCCGCCGGCAUCCACGGAUUUAUGGGGGGUACUCUCCGAGGGGGUGUCCCCUAAUUUGACCCUCUUUUUCCCACAGUUCCCUCACCCUCCAGCAUCCCUGGGGCUAUGGGAGGUUCCCUUAGUGGGGGUGGGUCCCUGAAAUUUGGGAAGGGGGGCCCUGUAAUGAGUAUGGGCUUCUCCCCACCCUCUUUUCCCCACAGGCCCCCCUCCAUUCUCAUCAUGCUGCUCCAGAGCUCCGGGGCUGUGCUGCUGCUCUGCACCACUGCCGGGUUUUUGGGGUGGCUGGGCCUUGCUGCAGUCCCAGAGAAGGAGGAGCUCUGGGAGACCUGGAUGAGGUCGGCACUGGAUGAGACCCCCGUGGCCCAGCUUGUGCAGCACAUCACCCACCAGAUGGGGAAUUUGAGCAGCCAUGCAGCUGUGGAUCUCCAGGCAGGACGCCAGGUUGUCCCACCCAAACUCCAUCAGGAGCAGGAAAGAACUCAGCAUGUUCAUCCACAGCCAGAGAGCAUCCUAGUCCUUCAGGAGGUGAUGGAGAAGCUGCAGAGGGUCAACCAGAGCCUGGAGCUGAUGCUGGCAGCUUUGGAAGAUGCACAAAGCCGGCUGGAAAAGCACCUGGAGCACCUCAAAGCCAUCCCUGACCUGGCUGGUCAGAGCCAAAGUGCCACCUCUUCCUGCAUCCCACACAGCUCAUAUUUCAUGCUCCUGGUUCUCCCACUGGUGCCAGCAUCGCUCCAGGCCGUCCUUCUCCUCCUCUUCCUCGCUUCCAGCGCCCUCGGCAUCCCAGCAACCUCCACUCUCCUGGUCCUUGCUGUGGCAGGACAUUGGCUGGUGGCAUCCACCUGCCGCGGUGCCAGAAGGAUCCGGCCAGUGGUUCCCCGGGAAAAGCCCCGGUUCCGGCUCACCUCCACCCCAGAGAGGGAAUGCGAUCUGGAGCUGCUGCAAGAGGAGCUGGACAGGAUGGAGAUGAGCUGCCUGCAAGGUGAGAGGUGCCCACAAAAGCCCUCACACCUGGAGCAGCCCCAAGAGGUGGCUGGGGACAUUCCCGGAUUCACAGGGCAAGUGUCACCUGACCCUGGUGGCCAGAGGACAACACGGAGCUCGUGUGGGGUGACACCGGAGCCAGUUAUGGAUACUGGGAAGCUCUGGGAGCCCAAACCCUGCAGCCCCAGAGCCAACAUGUCCCCGUGCCAGGGGCUCACCAGGGCUGGGAAGCAGUGCCGGAAGAAAGCCAUUCCCGGGCAGGAAUUCUGCCACGUCCACACCACCACCAGUAGCUUGGCCAUGGAUUCAUCUCCCCAUUUUUGAU